AUGAAAGGUAAGCGCAGAGGCACCAAGCUCCGGCUCGCGGCGCCCUGCAGACACGUGCGGGGCAUUCUGGGAGACGAGCAGCGAGCCCCGCGGACGCUGACCAGGCGGGCGGGGCGGAAGGCCGCGAUGGCGGAGAACCCGGUCACGUGGGUGGAAGGACGCGCGGUUCGCGGCGCACAAAGAGCCACGACCCUCCCUGGGACCGUCCCUCACGCCCCGCCGGCCCGACUUCCGCCCCGCCGGCCCGAAUUCAGCCCCGCCAGCCCGACUUCCGCCCCGCAGGCCCGUCUUCCGCCCCGCCAGCCCGCACUUCCGCCCCGCCGGCCAGAGUUCCGCCCUUCGCAGCCCGCGACGGGCUGGCGUCUGCGGCUAGGGCGGGACUUCCUGCUGGUCGCGGCUGCGUGGCGUGUGUGCCCCACACCGGAAGCGCGCUCUCCGUCGUCCGGGCAACCGUCGCUCCGCCUGGCGUCCGGCCGUGUCCGCGCCGAGCCAUGGAGGCCCCGCCGUGCGGGACCCGCGCCCCGGAGAUUUACUUUUUUACGACGUCGUGGCGCCGCCGGGAUUCGAACCCUUAAACAGGCCUCGGCACCGGAAGCCCCGCGCGCGUGGUGUUCGCACCCGGCCUACGCGAGCUACUGGCGCCACCACCGCGCGGCGCUGGCGUGGCUGCGGCUGCACCGGCGCGCCUACCGGAAGGCGGUGCGCGCGUGCCUCGGUUUCCCCUGGCCGUCCGCUCCCGGGGAGGCCGGCUUCCCUGAGCUCCGCGCCCGUCCCAUGAGGGCCGCCGACGAGGACGAGGAGGAGGAGGAGGAGGAAGCGUCGGACGGGGAGGUCGAGUGCGACGUGAGCAACAUGGAGAUCACGGACGAGCUGCGCCAGUUCUUCGCCACCACCGAGAGGCACCGGGCCGAGCGGCGGCGGCAGCGGCAGCUGGACGCAGCCCGUCUGGACGACUACAUCGCCGCCGACCACGACCUGCUCCCCCGGCACCGGUCGGCGGAGCCUCCGUCCGAGAGGCCCGGCGCGCGGCGCGAGGCCGAGAUGCAGGCGCUGUACGGGGAGGCCGCCGCCGGGAUCCGGGCCCUGGAGGCCGCCGCGCAGCUGAGCUUCGACCGGCUCUGCGACCGCGCGAGGCCCAAGUACUGGCCCGUCAUCCCGCUCAGGUUCUGA